AUGGCACAACAGGUUUUGCUUAAUAUAAUAAAUUCUAUUAAGGAAGCUGGUAUAUUUAGUAUACUAGUUGAUGAAACUCAGGACCUAUCUCGACAUGAACAAGUUUCUUUUAUCAUUCGAUUUGUUGACGACUCAUUUCAAAUACAUGAACAAUUUUUGGGGUUCUACAAAACUAGCCAUACUGAUAGUGAAACACUAGCCAAUUUAAUAAAAAAAGUGUUAUCAGAUAGUGGAUUGGAUAUUCAAAACCUGCGAGGACAGUGCUAUGAUGGAGCAGCAGCCAUGCGAGGAUCUUAUACAGGUGUUCAAGCACGAAUUCGCGAGGAAAACCCAAUUGCACUGUAUGUUCAUUGUUAUGCCCAUAUCCUUAACUUAUGUUUAGUGGAUUUAUCAAAACAGGUGUCAUAUGUGAGGAACACAUUUGGUACUCUGCAGUCUCUUUAUAGCUUUGUGGGAGCUUCAUCAAAACGAAAUGCAGUCUUUGAAUCUGUUUAUUUGGCAAGCACACAACAUAAUGGACCAAAAAAGUUAAAAAGCCUAAGUGAAACAAGAUGGAGUUGUCGUGCAGAAGCAUUAAAAGCUGUAUUAUUAAAUUUUAGCACUCUAAUAAAUACAUUAGAAGAAAUAUCUGAAAAUAACAUCAAUUCUGGAGCAGAAGCCACUUCAUUAAUUGGUAACAUUCAGAAUUUUGAAUUUGUAUUUUGUUUGAUAAUUCUUCAAGAAAUAAUGGAACACACUAACGUGUUAUCCAAAUAUUUACAGUCUAUAAAUAUUAGUUAUAUUACUGUAAUUGAAAUGUGCGAACAGACAGUUGAUAUUUUAAAAGAUAUGAGAACAGAUACUGAAUUCCAUAAAAGAUGGAUUCAAGUAAUUAAGGUAACUGGAGAGAAUAAUAUUGAACCACCUAAAUUAUCCAGAAAAAGAAGAAUACCACAAAAAUACGGUGGAGGUGAAAAUGGCCCUCAAAAUGUUCCAGAGAAUCAACUCCAAAUUUUGAAUGGACUGAAGAAUUUGAUUAUAAAUGACAACUUUGAAGAAAAUAUGUUAACAUUAGUAUGUAAUACUUAUAAGUUAGAUAUGCAACCAUUAAAAAAUGAACUGAAUAUUUUUAAUAGAAUGUUUGCAUCCAAAUACCCUAAUAUAUCUGGAGAAAGUAAUAUAUUUAAAAAAAAAAGUGAAUACAUAGCAAACCAUGAUAUAAGAUCAGGAUUUCCUUUAACAUAUACAAUUUUUAAAACAUUUUUAACAAUUCCUACGAAUACUGCUUCGUGUGAAAGAAGUUUUUCUUGUUUACGGCGUUUAAAAACUUAUCUGCGGACAACUAUGGGCCAAGAACGUCUCAGUAGUUUGUCAUUGUUACAAAUAGAAAAAAAUCAACAAAUUGAUGAAGAAAAAGUUAUUGAUGAAUUCAAUAGCAGUGUAUCAGUUUCUGGACGUCGCUUAGCAUUAGCAUAA